CAAACUAUUUUGUGACUUCACUCUAGCCAUUUCAUCCAAAAUAAAAAUCAAAAUAACUGGUGAAAAAUUCUGGAAAUAUGGAGUGCCACCUUAGUAACAAAAAUUUGGCAAUGAUCCUUUCAAUAUUUGUAGCAACAAUCACACUUUUCUAUUAUCGUGAAGAGCUAACCAACAACUCCCUCUUAUUUUAUACAGACAAAUACUCUUCUACCGAUUCCAACUGGUCAUCAUGGUUGCCACGAGAUGAGCUCGGAAUAGCUCUGGCGAGGGCUUCAACGGCGGACAAGACGGUGAUCGUGGCCGUGAUCAACGAGGCCUACGUGGAGAGCGAUUACCCCUCGAUGUUCGAUCUAUUUCUUGAGGGUUUUUGGGUGGGAGAGAGGACGCGGCCGCUCCUCCGCCACCUCGUGGUGGUUUCCAUGGAUAAGGCUGCACAUGAGAGGUGUCUCUUCCGCCGCUUGAACUGUUACUUGCUGGUGGCCGGCGGCGGUGGUUUCUCCAGUGAGAAGUUAUACAUGUCGGGAGAGUUUAUAGAGAUGAUGUGGAGGAGGACUGCAUUUCUCCUUGAAGUUCUCCAUAGAGGUUACAACUUCAUAUUCACCGAUGUUGAUGUUAUAUGGGUUAGGGAUCCUUUGGCGAGACUAAAAAAGAACGGGAAGUUUGACUUGCAAAUAAGCACCGAUAUGUUCAACGGCAAUCCGUUCUCAGAAGAAAAUCCAAUCAACACGGGAUUCUACACGAUCCGAUCGAGCAACAAAACGACGUCGCUUUUUAAAAAAUGGUACGGUAUGAAGUCGAAUUCGACGGGGAUGAAAGAGCAAGACGUGCUGCAGAUGCUAAUUAAAGACAUGGGUGCACUAAGAGAGUUCAACAUAAGUGCAAGAUUUCUCGAAACGCAAUAUUUCAGUGGAUUUUGCAACGAUAGCCAAAGUAUUGGAUCCGUGAUCACUAUUCAUGCAAAUUGUUGUCGCACUAUUAAAGCCAAAAUCGUGGAUUUGAAGGCCGUUUUAAUGGAUUGGAAGAGGUUCAAUGCGGGUAAUAGUAGCAGCGACUUUAAAUGGUCACCACAUGCAGCUUGUGCAAAUUCUUGGGAGAGAUAAUGCUUUAAUUGCUCCUUUUUGUUUCUAUGUGAAUGUCGAAUUAUGUUUCAUUAGUAUUAUCACAUGAUCAUAUAAAUAAACGUAAUGUACUGUAAUGUAAUAGAGGGUUAGAUUUAAUUGAAUACA